AUGGAAGAUCCUAAGAAAAGAAAUACCAUUGUGCAAUGUCAACAGUAUGGGCAUACUACGAUUUACUGCAUGAGACCCUACCAAUGUGUUAAAUGUAAAGAACCACACAAAACUUCAGAAUGUACUAAGCGUGGCUGUAACACACCAGCUCAGUGUGUAUUGUGUGAUGGCCCACACCCUGCCAAUUAUAAGCGGUGUCGAGUUUAUCAAGAAAUAGCAGAAAGAAAAACCAACCAGCAAAUUGGCAGAAACAAUUAUAAACCAAAAAUUGGCCCCCAUGUUGGGGAACCAAGGACAACUGGUGCUAACUUGGCAACAAGAGAAAAGUGGUCACUAAAAUCCAAUCAGGCAGCAGAAGAACGCAACACAUUUACACAACCGACAACCGCUAAUUCUAGAUUAGAAGACGUACUUUUAAAACAAGCCGAAAAGUUUGACAUUAUCCAACUCCAACAAAUGAGCACCUUGAUGGGCCUCAUAGUAACACAUGUCAACAAAUUACAGAACUAG